AUCAUUUCGCCAUUCGUGAAAAAUCACAAGAGAAAGUGUACGUAAUACUUUCGUACAGAAUUACUCUGCAGAGAGCUUCUAAUCUUUCGAACAAGCAUGUAGGUAACGCAUUUUCCGUCUCUGUGUGUACACACGGCAGAAAGCACUUCAACAAGCUUCGCUCACUCAAACUCACUUCCGUUUUCCGCUUCGGCUUUUGUUCGGCAUGUUUGUGGGACCAUCCAUCCACGCCGAGAAGGAAUUUCAUCCAAGUCAGAGAUUUUUGCACACACAAAUCGUUUGACGUUCGGCCCAAUCGGGUCAUAGACGGGUUUUACUCCUGCGGAACACAAAGGAAAAUUUCUUUUUUUAAUUUUUCUGUUCAGUUAAGGUGAAUGGAAGCAAGCACUUUUAAUGGAAGAAAAUUUCGGGGCGUUGAUUCGACCUUUCUACUUUUGCAAGAGGCUAGUUUUGUUGGUUGCUAAUCGUACGCGAUAGUGAAAUAUCCCUACCUGAAUCAGGGUGAUUUUACGGAAAAAGUGAAAAGUUUAGCGUUUUCCAUCCCAUGAUGGAAAGCAGUGAAGUGUAAGGUUCAAACUGCGGUGCUGAAAAGUUGACCCCAUCGUUCGUGAAUCGUUCCAGAGAGCGGUUGGAAAAUAGGCCAUCCCGGAUUGUGUGGAUUAUGACUUCGUAUCCGGCUUUCGAUGGCACCAGCGGAAAUCAGGAAGAGGUGUUUUACUCAACCUACGAACCGUCGAAGGAAGAAAUAUUGGAAUAUGCUAUCAAAAUCGGUAUCGAUCCGGGCACCGAAACGAACCUGAUCUACCUGGCUCGACAGGGUUUACUACAUCCAUUGCCGGAAAACUGGAAACCUUGCUACAGCAAACAGGUGAAGGCAUACUAUUAUUACGACCGUUACAGCCGCAAAUCCCAGUGGGAGCAUCCCAUCGAUGUGCUCUACCGGCAGAAGGUAGCGGACGCACGGCAGGCCCUCGUCUCAUCUCUGGACCGUUCGGAUUCCACAUCCCUGGCGGAUUCCGGGUUUCGCAGCUUGAAGUCUUCUGGCGCUAGCAGUCACAUCACCCCCACCACAAACAACAACAACAAUAAUAAUAAUAACGGAAGUUAUACGCAGAACAACAGCAGCAGUGGGGGCAGUGGUGGAAGUGGAAGUGGUGGAAGUGCAUGUGAUAAAUGUGAGGUCGGUUCUCCGGCCGGGGCCAUCGAUGGUGCUGGGGAGGAUAGUGGGUUGUGUGUGAGGCUUGACCAGCGGGUGCUUUUUGUGACUGGGGUUAAUGUUACGGGAGCAGAGAAGGAUAAGGGAGCGGAAGAGGAAGGUAUCGAAAUCGGGAAAGAGGUUGGCGACGAAGAAGAGGAGCAGGAGAGUGAAGAUUCGAAUAAGGAAAACAACAGUCAACAGUUGGGGAUAAGGGAAAAGAGUGGGGCUGCUGGAGAUAUUGAAGGUGCAAUGGCUAUGUCACCGAAGAUUUCAUUCAAUUUGGGUUCCAGCAUGAGGGACCGGAUGGAUACGGGUUUCUCUAAAGGUAUGGUCCAAGGAUUUACCAUCACAGGUACCGGUUCCCAAUUUCUGAAAUCAAACAAAAAACCGGAAUUUGACAGCUUGGAUUUCGGAAAGAAGGAAGAGGUCAAAGGUAUACUGAGGGAUUCGAGUUUGACCUACAUACGAAACAAGGGAACGCCAAACGAAGAUUCUUCGGAUGAAAGAAAAAGUGUGCGGUUCGAUAUCGAUUUGAAUGCAGAGUUAAAAUCAAACAAACUUGAAGCUGUUCGUGACGAUUCUUUAAUAAAUUUCGAAGAAUUGGCAGAAGGUUUUGAAAAUGAAGUCGAAGAAGAGGAAGAAGUGGUUGAAGGUUCGGAUAAAAAAUCAUCCAGUUCCACUGAAACUUCCGAAGGAGACUCAGACGUAAGUGAGGAAGUGAAUAGUAAAGCCGAAAUUGUACAAGAAGUACCAAAGCGCAGAUUCUCUGUUGAGAGGGUCAGCGAAGACUGUCUGCAACACUUGAAGGAUUCCAUAGUGGAAGAAAAAGAAAAGUACAAGACAAAGCUAGAAGAAGAGCUGAACAGUUUGAGGAUACUGGAAGAAGCAAACAUACAAAAUGAGCUCGGAAAGGAACGAGCCCGUUUGGAAGAACAAUUAGCCAUCGAGAAAAAUAAACUGCAAGAAAUCCACCAGAAAAAUAUUGAAGAAAUUAAAGAAUUUUAUCAAAUUAAGUUGAACGAAAUCAAGGCUGAUUAUGAGGAAGAGAACGACAAAGAGUAUCGAAUUUACAGGGAAACACUGCAAGAAGAGUUUGACAGACGCGUUAAAGAGGUAACGGACGAACACAAGGCAACAAUGGCAACACUUCAAAAGAACCAUGACGAAAUCGUCGAAGAACUUGAACGCGAUUUGAAAACGGAAGAAGAACUUCUGAAAAAGGAACAUGCCACAAAUUUGAAUGAAAUGAAGAUAAAAUUAGCUCAUGAAUUAGAAGUUGAAAAACAACGUAUGCGAGAAACGGGUGAAGAUCGGCUGUACGAAAAAAUUCGCUGUGAGAAGCGACUGUUGGAGGACAAGUACAAAUGUCUGAAGGAGAAGUACACCCGGUUGAAAACGGAUGUUCGAAUUUCACUGGAAAGGCGGAAGAAGCGUCGUGAACAGCAGCAGCAAAGUUUACUCAGCAAUAGCUAUGAGACAGAUGAUCGCACACAUUCCAAGCCCACGAACCACUAUCCUUAUGAAACAAAAUCCAGCACUGCUGGGCCAACGUCCCUUAUGAUGAACUCGGAGAAAUCUUCGAUUAGUACACCACCACCUUCUGCUGCUUCAAAGCGUUUCCCUGCUAAAGGACCGUACAUGAUGGAAAAUAAAAAUAAACUGCUCCAUUUCAACGGAAACGGUCACCAGGUAGCUUCCUCUGCGCCGACAGAAGCACGCAAGCCUUUCAUUUUAAACAACAACCGGCUUCAGAACACCGAUGAAACGAGCCAGAGCGAAACAACCUAUUCCAAGAACUAUUUCCAGAUUCGAAACAUAUUUGCCAAUGUGCGGGACGAUAAUUUCAGCUCUGACUCGGAAUUCGACAAGAACCAGGAAAAAAACACACCGAUGUCCCGCCAGAAACGUAAACUUUUUACCAAAACAAAAUCUGCAUCGACUUCCAAGCUGAACUCUUCGAAACACGAUCGCGAAAGACCUUGCACUCCGGUGGAAAACCUGCGAAUUCAGUUGAAAAAAUUGGAAGAACUGGAAGAUCAAAUUCCGGACUGUAACAUCGAUGCGCCCUACCAUCUGCGUUAUCCGUUCAGCGAUAUGGAGAACAACGGUGGAAGCACGGAGUUGGAUUUCUUCAAGCAUCGCAUCCUUCUCGAACGUGAUUCAGUUAUGCGCGCCAAAGAAUCACUGCGGGCCCAGAAAAAUCUAUUCAAAUCCAAGCAAAGGGACAUCUCAGUGAAACACACGGUCAAGAACAAGCACACAAUGGAUCAAAUAUUCAAUGAAGAAAAGGAGCUUACCGAAAUGGAGGUAUCGCUGCACCGUACCCGGGCCCUCCUCGGCGAGAAGGUGAUCCGUCUGCGACAUCUCGAGCGCUCCCUCCAGAAACUGUCCGAAAAGGAGCGCCCUCCACUGCCCGAAGCCAUCGAGAUAAACAUGAAACCCAAGGAAACUCUCAGCGAUCUGUCGUCGUACUCGAGCUCCGGGUUCAGCAGCACCGAUGUUCCGACCGACCACGGACAUAUCCGGCAUCCGUUCAUGGCGAGUGAAUCAAACGAUACGUACAAGUACUUGGAACACUUGCACGGAGAAAUCCAGGAAAUUUGGAACAUCUUGAAUCCAGGGCACCAAUCCAGCAGCGGUGGAUACGAGGAGCUUGACUAUCUGAACAAUCCGUCGCAUCAUUUUUGCGACAUUGUCAUGUCGCCCAAGCCACCGACGGCGAUUGUUUCCGGUCUGGGAACCGGAUCGUCGCAUCAUCAUGUGCCGCCGCAGAAGCAACCUUCGCAGCUGCACCAGCAAUACACGGUCAAUCUGCUGGAGAAGGCACGGGAACUUAAAAACUGGCUGCAACAGGCCAAAUCGGAGCAUGAGAUUUUAAAGAAACAGUCUUUUGGGUAAGCUGGUUGGCGGAGGGGUUUCCACGACGUUGGGUUUCUUGAUGCUGUUCAAAGUGGUUUUGCAAACAAUUCCAACAUACUCUGAGCUGUCGGUUAAAUUUAGCAAGAAAUCAGAACUGUGUGAGGCUAUUUGAAAUUGAUUUGGACUUAUGAAGGACUUAUGAUAUUAUUUUCAAGAUUUUUAUAGUAUAAUACAUAACAUUUAGUUUAGUACAGUUAAACUUAAAUUUGGGGGAAAAUUUUUUGUCGUGUGUUACAUUGGAAACAAUGAAACCAAAUAAGAUUGAUAAGUAGUUGAGGCUUUGAAAAAAAAAAAGAAAAAAAAAGAAAGUUUCCUUCCUCCAGAGGAAGAUUCAAAGGAUGUGAGUUUCAAUAGUCCUCCUAAUCUUAAACUAUUGACAAACCAUCAAGUGAUUCGAAGAAUAACACAGAUUUUUAAUUGAAAUAAUAAUCAUGUACACCUUGAUUCAUGUAUUCGAACUUAUUUGAGGAGAAAAAAUCUUCUGUCAAAAUUGUGAUAAUCUUUUUUAUUGAAAUUUAAUACUUCGACUCUCUGGAGCCACUUUUGUAUUUCAUUUUAAAUAUUUGCUAUUGUAUCGUUUAUUCUGCAACUAAGAGUGUAGUGAUAUUUUAUUAUCAGAAAAGGGGUAGGCUUAAUAGCGGCACGUUAUCCAAACAAACGGGAAAAUUGUGCCUAAGCUUCCUUUUUGGUCAAAACGAGCAACAUAUUUUUUCCGGGUUUUUAAAUGAGAUUUAGGUACCCGGGUUUUGAUCAAGGUUUACUCCAUUGAUAAGAAAAUAUGGAUUUGUUGGAUUCCAACAAGCUGCAAGAUUGAAAAUGCCCUUACUAAAUUCAAAAUAUCGUUUGUACAAUCAAUUGUAAGUUUAUAUUUUCUAAUCCAAAUAUGAAGCUAAUUGAAGAUAAAAAUGAAGAUGAAGAUAACAAUUUAUUAUCUAAAAUCAUAUAACUUUCUUGUUAAAAUAAAGAGAUUGGCAGUAUUGGACGGAGAUUUUGUCAGUGUUGCUAGUUACUUUUCAUGAAAAAGAAAGCUCUGUUUGGGACGUUAUAACUUUUUACGCUACCCCUGCCGCUUUGUGGUUAUCGGCAUGUUGUAGCCAGAGAUUUUUCCAGUAAGCUUUAUAUAUUGGAAUUUCAUUUCCAUCGCAUGAGAACAAAACCUUCAAGCAAACAAAAAAAUGACAUUUUCCGAACAAACUUUCGAGUUUUUUCAUACAAAUUUUCAAAUCAAAACUUGGGUACCUAAAAUUCUUUUGUUCGUUCAAAACGGAAGCUUUUGUGACUACAGGCGUUUAGAAAUUCGAAAAAAAUGUUGCAAUUCGACACACCCAAAUGGACAGUUCUAAUCAACCUGAGUUCAGAAACAGGGAAUGAAAACAAUAACUUUUGGUUUGACUAGGUAUUACUCUUGGAUUUGAUACUUGAGGUGUGUUGAUAACGUGCUUUUCUGAUUGGAACGAUAUUUUUUAACAAAAAGUUUUACUGGGGCCUUUUACUUGAAUGUUUUUUUGAGCUGAUUGUAUCCGGUUCAUAAAUUUAUGAAUUUUAGUUCGAAAUUUUGGCGAAAUAGUUGCAGCGACUGAACUGUUACAAUUAAACCUUAUUUUGGUAGAGGGAACUGGAUGAAUCUGCAUCAUUCAAAAAUUCACCUCUCUGGGGCCACUUUUUUUUGAACAGCUAUUCGAGAAGCUCAGCCGAAGUCCUCCCAACCGAAUUGUGCAAAUAAUACUAAACAGAAUAGUGUGAUAUUAACGAUUAGAUACAUUCGGUGUUGGUAGUUUCAAUAUAAAAGAAAAGCAAAAGUUGUUGUGAGGAAUAAAUAAACUUUAGAAAGAAAAAGAAAACCUUUAAUAAGAGAAACGGAUAUUCAAAAAAAAAAAGUAAUAAAAUCCUACCAUUUCCAACGAAUUGACCAAUUCAUACUGUUUCUGCUGCACCAUCACCAUGUAAUUAAUAUUUAACAUUUUUGAAUCACUCUAAUCGAUUUCACCAGUCCUUUUAAUUCGAGAAAAUGUACCCACUCAUGAGACUAAUUAAAAUUAAACAAAAAUCAAAAUUCAAAACUAUACUUCUUUCAACUUUGUCCAAUUAAAUUUUAAAAUUGUGAUUCUCAAAUUUUUAAAUACCAAUUACUGUAGGGAGGUAAGGUGAUGAGGAAAUAAUACUGAUAGAAAAUCUACCAUGGUCGAAGGUUUAAGGACGUAUCAUAACAGUAGAAUAAACAGAAUAAAUACUCAAUAAAAAUCCCGUGAUAUCGAGGCUCCAGCAGCAGAAACAGAUAUAGAUAACUAUAUAGUUACCGAACCCAGAUUAAAUAAUACUCGAUUAGUAAAAACAAAAUUUCAACUCCGUUCCGUUGUAUCGAGCUCAAAUAAAGAACAUGUAACCGAUUUACCAAAAACAAAAAGAUUAUUCAAUAUGUACAGAAACGAUGGAACUUCUUAUGAUUUUACACACGCGCUCGUAGGUUGAACCGAAAUUUGAAGGAAACCGGAAGAAUGACUGAUUUGCAAGCUAAAUAAUCGAUACCAUUGGAAGCGAUCAUCUGUGAUUUUCACCCAUUGAAACGUUUCGAAGUUUCGGUUAUUGUAAAGUAAUCAAAAUUUGAAAGAAAAAGAUACAAACACAUCUAAUAAAUACAUUAAAUUCCAUCCAGAUUAUUCCGAAUUGGGUUCUAUCAGGCCGUUUACGACGUGGUUUAGGUCAUAUGUGUUAAAUAUUGAAAUCAACGUGCGUGUGUCAUUUUGCAUCAAGAAAUAUUGGAAAUCAAAGGGUUUACCAAUCAAUCAAUCAGUUGAAUGUUAUGUGAAAUUUAUCUUACUAACAUGGAAAGAGUUUGAUGUCGAAAGAAUAAAAUAAAUUCCCAAAAAAGAAUGGAAUUACUGGUCCAAAAGAAAAUGUCGUUACUUUUUUUAUUCUCUAAAACAAAAUCGUGUCUAGUGAACCCUAGGAAACCCUAUUAAAAAUUUAGAAAUAUUUAUUCAGCCACUAUAGUAAAGUGAACGAAAUACUGCAUUAAUCGUUUAGCAGUUCAAUCCAGGCUCUGACAGAUGUAGGACAAAAUAAAAUCACUCAAAUAUUGCUAUAUUAUAAGCCACUACUCAGUGUUGUUUUGAAAACGCACCCUUGAUAGUUAAUAAAUUUGGUUAACUGAAACAAAAAAACUUCAUUGCUGAUUCUUAAACUUUCGAAUAAACAAAAAAUAACUUAUGCAUGUUUAUUUUUUGUAAUAAAAUAACAAUUCAAGCAGCGAUUGAACCAUUUUCUAUUGAUGAAUAGAGAAAAAAAAAACGGACAAAACUGUAACAUCUCAGAGCGAUGGAAAACCUUUAUAAAGCAUAUUUAAAUCAAAACCAAAACAAACAUAAAGUUGAACGUCAAAUCACAGACUUAAACAAUACUAUUAAAAAAAUUAAA